UUCCCUCAGAUUAAUACUAUUUCAGAUAAGAACCUAUGGCGGUUGCAAAGAAUGAAUUUUGAUCAGAUUUCCGGACAGACAGGAUACUUAAUACUCAACCAGGACGGAGCAAUCCUUAGCUCAGGAGGAGACCUAGAGAACGACGAGAGAACCGCGGGGAAUAUUUUUAAACUCAUUGCUGCAGCAACAAGUGGAGGAUUAGGAAACGAGGUUGAGAAGAUCAGCGUAAACUACGCAGAACACUCCUACGUCGUCUCCACAGCAAACAAGAAGAUCCAUAUUGUAAAGAAGAACGUGUCCGACCUGUAGAUCAGCAUCAUGGUGA